AUGUCAAGCGCUUUGGGGGAUGCAGAAGUGUCAUGGGAGAUGCAGCCUGCUACAAACACUGCAAGUGGUAUAUUAUGCAUGUGGUGUGAGAAAUCCUUCAGGCUUCAGAGAAAAGUUACUGGAAAUGGCUUUAUACUAUUGGUGGGAGAGUGGACCAGAGAAGAGCAGCAAGUCAAUAUAGUCACCAUCUAUUCACCUUGCGAUAUCCAUAAUAAAAGACUUUUAUGGGAUGCUAUGAGGCAGCUAAAAGAAGCAGCACCUGGGGGGCUAUGGUGUAUCUUGGGAGAUUUCAACUCAAUCAGGGACACGAAUGAGAGAUUUGGGUGUGGCCAAAGACCAUCCACAGAUAGCAGCAUGACUGAAUUCAACGAAUGGAUAGAUGAUAUGGAGGUUUUAGAGAUACCUUGCGUGGGCAGAAAGUUUACUUGGUACAAAUCUAAUGGUGCUUCAAGGAGAAGAUUGGACAGGUUUCUAGUAUCCCCGGAAUGGCUUGGAAGAUGGCUUGCAAGCUUCCAGACUACUCUUGCUAGGAAUUUCUCAUAUCAUUGUCCGAUUCUCCUGCGAUCCAAGGCUGUUGACUGGGGUCCUAAACCUUUUAGGGUUUUGGAUUGUUGGUUAUCAGACAAUUCCUUCAAGGAACUUGUUCAUCAAUGUUGGACAUCUCAUCAACAACCUAGCUGGGGCGGAUAUGUGCUUAAAGAAAAAUUCGAGAUUAAAAAAGAGGAUGAAGACUUGGAACAAGGAGAAAAAGCGAGAUCGAGAUGGAUCAAGGAGGGUGAUUGCAAUUCAUGCUAUUUCCACCUUCUGAUGAGUGCUAACCGCAGGAAUAAUUCUAUCAAAGGGGUCAUGCUUGAUGGAACAUGGAUAGACGAACCACAAAAGGUGAAGGAAGAGGAGGAGGAAGUGAGGCAAGCUAUUUGGGAUUGUGGGAGUGAGCGGUGCCCGGGGCCUGAUGGUUUCAAUUUUAAGUUCAUAAAGAAGUUCUGGCACUUGUUCAAACCCGAUAUCCUUCACUUUUUGGAUGAAUUUCAUGCCAACGGUGUCUUCCCUAGGGGUGGUAAUGCAUCCUUCUUAGCAUUAAUCCCCAAGGUGCUUGAUCCUCACACCUUAAAUGAUUACCGACAUAUCUCCCUUAGAGGUUGCAUGUACAAGAUUGUGGCGAAAUUGUUGGCUAAAAGAUUGAAGGUGGUAAUGCCAUUUAUUAUUAAUGAGACCCAAUAUGCUUUCAUUGAAGGGAGACAUUUACUUCAUAGUGCACUCAUAGCAAACGAGGUGAUAGAUGAGGCCAAGAGGAGCAACAAAUCAUGCCUCAUUUUCAAAGUGGAUUAUGAAAAGGCAUAUGAUUCGGUUUCAUGGAAUUUCCUGAUGUAUAUGAUGAGGAGAAUGGGUUUCAGUCCAAAAUGGAUAAAGUGGAUUGAAGGGUGUGUCAAAUCUGCAUCUAUUUCUGUUUUAGUGAAUGGUAGCCCAACAAUUGAGUUCAUACCGCAAAGGGGUCUUAGGCAAGGAGACCCAUUGGCACCUUUUUUAUUCAAUAUUGCGGCUGAAGGUCUGAAUGGUUUGAUGAGGAGAGCAGUGGAGUAUAAUCUGUACAAGCCCUUCCUAGUUAGUGCAAAUAGAGUGCCCAUCAACAUCUUACAGUAUGCUGAUGACACGAUCUUUUUUGGGGAAGCAGCCAAGGAGAAUGUAGAAGCUAUUAAGGUGAUCCUUAGGUCAUUUGAGUUGGUUUCUGGUUUAAGGAUCAACUUCUCUAAGAUCUAUUUUGGUGUUUUUGGAGUGACAGAUCAAUGGAAGCAAGAGGCGGCCAAUUAUUUGCAUUGUAGUUUGCUGGCUUUUCCGUUUGUAUAUCUGGGUAUACCCAUAGGGGCCAACCCGAGGGUGCCUCAAUCAGUGGUGGAUAAGCUAGUGAAAAUAAAGUGUACAUUCCUAUGGGGAGGAGGGUCUGACCAAAAAAAGAUUUCAUGGAUUAGAUGGGAGAAGGUGUGCCUACCAAAAGAAAGGGGAGGGCUUGGUAUCAAGGACAUCAACACUUUCAACAUGGAUCUACUAGGCAAAUGGAAGUGGCAUCUCUUACAAAACCAAGGAGAGCUUUGGGCUAAAGUAUUGGAAUCAAGAUAUGGCGGGUGGAGGGGUUUGGAUGAUGAAGCAAGGGCAGCCAAUGAAUCAACUUGGUGGAGGGAUUUAAAAAAGGCUACACAACAAUCAUAUCAAGGGAGGGCUAUCCAUGCUGGAUUUAGAUGGAAGGUAGGAGUUGGAGACAGAAUCAAAUUUUGGGAGGAUAGAUGGCUAUGUCAGGAGACAUCUCUAGCAAAAAAAUACCCUCGACUUUACAGCAUAUCAUUACAGCAACAGUAG